AUGUCAUGGAAGCCCUCUGAGAAGCUGCUGAGCACCAUCUCCCACUAUGCCUCUUUCCCUCCGACCGGCGUCUCGUUGCGCCAGAUGGUCCAGUUCGGCGAGAAGCCCUCUACCGGAACCCUCUUUAGAGCCUCUCAAUUCCUCUCCGAAGAGCUACCCGUUCGCUUGGCUCAUCGAGUAGAAGAGCUCGGCAAGCUCCCGGAUGGCCUCAACGAGAUGUCCUCCAUCCAGAGGGUGAAAGAUUGGUACAUGCAGUCUUUUGAAGAGAUCACGGAUCUACCCCGUCCGCAGCUCGACAAGUCUACCAAGGACCGUCUGCUGAGCCCUCCCAAAACCUCCUCGAAUCGUCUUUCGCAGACCACUCGCAAUCCUUCGUUGAGGUCAUCCGAUGGUGCGAAUACGGGCAAUGGAAGCAAUUCACGUCGCUACUUUGCCGCCAUAGACGAUGGCCAGGUCUGGCCUCCCGAGCUUGCAGACUACAACAAGAAGUUCUCGCGCUGUCUCGAGCAAAUCAAGCGUCGCCAUGAUCCAGUCGUGACCACCGUUGCCCAAGGCAUCAACGAAUACAAACGGAAAAAGCAGCGCAUGCAGAUAGAUUCCUCGAUACAGUCCUUCCUCGACCGCUUUUACAUGUCGCGCAUUGGUAUUCGUAUGCUCAUUGGUCAACACAUUGCUCUUACCGAUCAAGCCAACCACCGCCACCAAAACUACGUUGGCAUAAUCUGCACGAAGACAAAUGUCAAAGAGCUCGCCGAAGAGGCCAUCGAGAACGCCCGUUUCGUCUGUGAAGAUCACUAUGGCUUAUUCGACGCGCCCAAAGUCCAGCUCUUCUGUCCAGACCACCUCAACUUCAUGUAUGUCCCUGGCCACUUGUCACAUAUGCUGUUUGAAACGCUCAAGAAUUCGUUGCGUGCCGUGGUUGAGACACACGGCGCCGAAAAGGAGGAUUUUCCAGUAACCAAAGUUAUUGUCGCAGAAGGCAAAGAAGACAUCACAAUUAAGAUUUCGGACGAAGGUGGUGGGAUUCCGAGAUCGGCAAUUCCGCUGGUCUGGACGUAUAUGUAUACAACCGUCGACACCACUCCGGAGCUGGAUCCAGGCUUCAACGCCUCGGACUUCAAGGCUCCCAUGGCUGGCUUUGGCUACGGUCUGCCCAUCUCACGCUUAUAUGCCAGAUAUUUCGGAGGUGAUCUCAAGCUGAUCAGCAUGGAAGGCUACGGCACCGAUGUGUACCUCCAUCUCAACCGUCUCUCUUCCUCUUCAGAACCCCUGCAAUGA